AUACACGCACACAUACACACACAGGGAGAGAGAGAAAGAGAAAGAAAUAAAAAAAGGAAAGAGAGAGCUAGAGAGAGAGAGAGAGAGAGAGAGAGAAAGAGAGAGAGACACAGUAAGAGAGCUGUCGCGUUAACUACUCUGGUGCAGUGAUAACGGACCAGCCUGGGACUCAUCGUCGGCCAGCCCGUUACCGGCGUAUGCCAUUGUAGCGUGUACAUCGUUAACGUGCGGUUUGUUACGGGUGCAACAGAAACGGAAAAAUGAGUCGUACAUGGGCCGCUGGCCAUAUCUCGGUGCCAGACGAGCUCCACGAAGUUCUAUUGGAAUUCACGAUUAGUUAUCUACUGGAACGGCCAGUGAACGUUAUCGACUAUGCCGUCGAGUAUUUUACGCAACUACAAGAAUCUCGACAGACUCGGUUAAUUCAUCCCACUGAGACCUGUAAAUCUACGCCGGACGAGUCGCCGGAUGAGUUGCCGGAAGAAGUACCGCAGGUCGAUAGGUUCUCCAAGAGGAGGAAAAGUAUCUUCACGGAGACCUAUAAUCCCGAGGAAGAUGAAGAGGAUGCUGGAACGAAGAUAGUCUACCCGAAGAGCGACGAGCAACGGCAGAGGCUCAGUGACAGCGUGAGGAACAUUUUUCUGUUUCGGGUUCUAGACGGCGAACAAAUGGCCGACGUGCUGGAUGCGAUGUUCGAGAGGCUCGUCAAGCCAGGACAGUACAUCAUCCGGCAAGGCGACGACGGUGACAAUUUCUACGUCAUCGAGAAGGGACAAUACGAGGUGUACGUAAGGGAUCAGGACACCGGGGUCGAGUCCAUGAUUCACGUGUACGAUAACAGCGGCGCCUUCGGCGAGCUGGCGUUGCUCUACAAGAUGCCGAGAGCAGCCAGCAUCAAGGCCAUUACGAACGGAACGCUAUGGGCUAUGGACAGGCAGGUCUUCCGGCGCAUCCUCCUCAAGUCCGCGUACAAGAAGCGCAAGUUAUACGAGGACCUGAUCAACAAGGUCCCGAUGCUGAAGUCACUCGAGAAAUACGAGCGCAUGAACCUGGCAGACGCACUAGUACCGAAACAGUAUUCUAAUGGUGAGAAUAUAAUCAAGCAGGGCGACACUGCUGAUGGUAUGUACUUCGUCGAAGACGGCGUAGUGAAGAUCACCAUACAAGGCGACGACGGCCGAGAGAUCGAGAUUAAUAGAGUUCCCGCUGGUGGAUACUUAGGCGAGCUGGCUCUCGUGACACAUAAACCGCGCGCUGCUUCGGCCUACGCUGUAGGCGACGUAAAGCUGGCCUUCUUGGACGUUGAGGCUUUCGAACGCUUGCUCGGGCCAUGCAAGGAGCUCAUGAAGCGUAAUAUCGACGAUUACGAGGAUCAGCUAGUAAAAAUUUUUGGCAGCAAAGCCAACGUGACCGAUAUCCGAUGAACUGUUCGAAAGCAGUGAUUUACCGUUGCACUGCUGUACCAAACGGAUCCUCUCUCGCCGGAAACGAUUUUGGUACAGUAAUGUCACACGAGCACAAAACAGAAAAAAGAAUUUAAAACAGCCGACAAAACCAUAAAACAAACUCGUACCACCCACUUUAAAAAAAAACAAAACAAAAUGAAUCUCAUCCAAGUAAUCAUCUCGAAGAGUCGACUUUCGUAAUGACUGUUCACUUAGACGUGUACCGGUAAGGAUCGUCGUUCAAUAGUUACCAAGUUUGUACCUACGACACACAUACAGGCACACACAGAAAACACUCGCGAGAACAUGUACAAACGCGUGCAGCACACACAAACACGAACACACGUGACACAAACGAUUGUGUGCACACGGUAUGAUUGAAUCCGCACGUUCAUACGCGCAAAAAACGCGGUUAAACCUGAAGAUACAAAAACGCAUACAAGCACAACAUACAAAAGGGACAGAGGUUCCGGCACAAUUCGCAUCACACGGUACCGAUGGAACGCGACUCUCUCUCUUUCUCUCUCU